AAGUGUGUUUACUUUGUCUUCAUUGGGGGAACGGUUCACGUGCCAGAAACGCGUUGGAGUUUCGACCGGCAAGACGUUUGUUAAGUAAGUACGAAACUCGCAUCGCAUUAAAGUCGGUUCUUCCAGUGAAUACAUUAUGUUUCGUCAUUAUUUGAUUCAUUCUAAAUUGUCAUUGCACUCGAGCAUACCAUAGACGGAAUUACAGUGAUCAUUCUUACUCUGCUUCGAACAAGCAGUCAGAAUGUCUGUCAGCGCAAAAUCUGGAAAGAUGAAUUGUGUGCGGACAGCUAGGGGCCGUGGAAUAGCUCUUAGUAAUUUGUCCCCACAUAAAUGUCUUUGCAACAGGCCUCAUUGUUUUGUAUUAUGCAAUGUUUGUGGAUAUUGGACCAAGGGCAGAGUACGUUACUUCUGUCCCAUUCACCCACAGACAAUUUUUCUUUUUGAUAUUGCACAAUGUCCACAGUGCAAAUCCUAUGGCUUUAUGCUGACUGAAUUUUGA